CAGCUGUCGCCUGCCAUCAACCGUCUCGCUGAUCUUCCGGUCAGAUCAGAUGGCGAAGGUCUUCAGGAAGUCUCUGAGGACUUUGUUCUCACGGAGCGACGCCAACCUGGACGAGUCUGCGCGUGCGGUGAAGGAAGAGGAGGCGGACAGGACGGAGUCAGAGAAGAAGUUCAGGUUCCUCAAGCUGAAGAAGAAGAAGAAGAAGAAGAAGAAGACCGAGUUUUCCUCCGACUGGCCCGUGAACGAGGACCAGCAGGAGCACAGAUCUGCUGAGUCCAGAAACCCUGAAGAGGAUGAAGAAUCUGACGUCACUGUGAAGAAGUCGUCUUCUUUCUUCAGAAUUAAGUCCAGAGCAAAGGACAAACACAUCAGCUUCUCUGAGUUGGACCUCAGGAAACCUAGAAGGUUCCCCAUGGUCUCCAUCACCCUGAGAAAGAAGAAGAAAAAUGAGGAGAACAUUUGGAGCAGUGCAUCCAGCCUUCAUAGCUCCGCCCAUCAAGAUGAGAGUCCAGUUCACCUCGGCCAGGUGGAUCUGGAUCAGAUCAGAUCCAAGAGGCAGCUCAGUUUCUCUCAACCAGAACUCGACACCAGCGAGACCUUCAACAUCCCGUCUCCACCUCUUGUGGCCACGAACCAAUCAGGAUCAGUUUUUCCCCUCUCGUACCCUACUCCAGGUCCAACCAACACCCAACCAGAACCCGAAGGACCUCUGAGGGCACCGAUUGCUACCAUCGCCGAGCUGCAGCUGGACCAGUCCAGUUCUUCUGAAGAUCUCUCCCUUCAGCACAAGUCCUUCGGUCCACAAACACCCAGAACCCAAACCAGCCAAAAACCGGACCAGUUCCACCCAUCUGGUCCACAAACACUCAGAACCCAAACCAGCCAGAAACCGGACCAGUUCCACCCCUCUGGUCCACAAACACCCAUGACCCAAACCAGCCAGAAACCGGACCAGUUCCACCCAUCUGGUCCACAAACACUCAGAACUCAAACCAGCCAGAAACCGGACCAGUCCAACUCCUUGGAUCUCAGAGCAGCAGUAGUCCAAAUCAUUUGCCAUGACAACAGCAUCCUCCAGCUUCCCCAGGACUCACCAGGGAACACUCACAGUGAUCAGAACCAGCAGAACCGACCCAGUAGUCAGGAAAUCUCAUCUGUCAGAGAUGAGCAGAACCAACAGAACCGGCUGCGGAACCAAGACGUGGUUUAUGGAUUUAUGUAUGAGUCACUUUUCCCACAGAACUUCCUCUCUGAGAUCACGUCUUCGGUCUUAACCUGCCCACCUGAUGCAACCGGAGCAGAACCGGCUCCAUCCAGAACCCUCCAGUUUCUGGUUCCACCCAGUGCGGCAGUCUAUGCUCCUUCUUCCUCCUGCAGCGACGGAACCAAACGAUUCUCAGCUGCAGCUCAGCUUCACAGAAACCUGGAGAUCCACAGCCACGGCUUUCCAGACUCAGAGCUGAAAUCUGGUCUUGUUCAGGAUGACAUGGAGUCUGGGAGCCUUCCUGCUCCUCCCGUCUCCAGGACGUCCCGGGGGACAGACGCUCAAGUUACCAUCUCCCAACACAGAGAAGUCCUCAACAAACAGCUGCUCACAGACUCGUCUCCGGCUGAAAGGAAGUCCGCUCCCACUUUUCCUGACAUUCCCACUCAGAUGGACGGCAGCGACAGACCUUCGAGUCCACCGUACCUGAGUGUUGGAUCCGGUGACAGCAGCGCCUUGGAGGAUUACUACAGCGCUCAGGAGGACAAUGCAGAGGACAGCAGGGACGAGGACAUGUUCAUGUGGGAUGGAGGGAAAGAGACGGAGCUGCAGAAACAGGACCCGGAGAAAAGGUGGAGCCGGAGGGAGGAAAGAGGGACGGAGGAAGGGACUGUCAACGAGGAGCAACAAGCAGGAGGUCAAAGGUCAGAGAAUCAGCUGCAGGUUCAUGUUGGCAGAGCAGAGGAAGAGGAGCAGGAGGAAGAUGAGGGGAAGAAAGAUGAGCUUCCGGCUCCACCGGUUCAGCCGGUGAGUAGGCUGAUGGAAUGUGACUCUGCUCCACCCUCCAUUGAGUUACAGGUGAAGGGGGAGGGGUUCGAGGGAAACCAGACCCCACAACCGAGAGACCUCUGUGAGGAGAGGAAUCAGAACCUGCAGGCCAGAUUUCUGACUGCCGGAGACGUCCGGAGUCCAGGAGAUAAAUGGACCAGAACCAUUGGACAGGAAGCUGUCGCCAUGGCAACGUUAGGAGAGGAAGAGGAGCAGCUGUCACUCACUGAGGAGGAAGAAACCACCAGGAAAAUAUCAACAGAGUCAGUCAUAGAGAGAGGAAAUCCCUCAGUCAGUGAAUGCAUCAUGACUCGAAGUCGUGAGGAGGCGGGCAGAAAUCCCACAGUCAGUGAAUGGAGCAGUCCUGAGGGGGCGGGGCCAGUCGGUGACAGAUGCUCUGGGAAGAAACUUCAGGGACCAGAUCAGCCGACAGUCCUGGACGCAGAAACAGCUGACGGAGCGGAGGAACCAGCUCACCUGGAUCACAGGUCUCUGCCGGUUCUGUCACUCCACAUCAUGGAUUUUCACCUGAAGCAGAGAGACUCCGGCAUUCCGGCCGAAUCCGGGUCUGAGUCGGACAGUAAAUGGAAAAAUAGAUUUGAAGGAGUAACUCAGUACAAAGCCAACCAGACAGAGAGCUUCCUUGUCUCCUCCUCGUCCGGCUCUGUGGAACACGUUACCCCGGGCAAUAGUUUGAGUGACAGCUCUGUUAAUCUGAGCCUUGGCAGAGGAGCAGGGGUGGAGCCAGCAGGAGGGGGGAGGAGGAGGAGCCUUUUGGAGGAGGAGCCAGCUGCUCCUUCAGGUGAAGAGGACUGUUGGAGGGAGGGAGCGUCAGAGAGGAGAGACUCCGGCUGCAACGACGAUCCGUCUUCUCGUUUCUCCGGAGUCUUCAGGGCCACCCUGGUGGAGCUGGUCUCGGACCCUGCCGCUUCCCCCUCCUCCCGUGACACCGACUCCUCCAACCAGCUGGACAUGGACAGCCUGGUGGACACGCUGAAGAACAUGGGGCCCUGCCUGAAGCCGAGGACCGCCGGUCUGCGGGGGCCUCCUCCCACCCUCUUGUCCUCCCUGCCGCCCAUCGUGGAGGAUGCUCCGGGCCCCGUCACCUCCGAUGGGGCCCCUUCCCUUGGCAGCCCCACAAAUAGGAUGGAAGAGUCUCUGGAAAGACUUUAUAGCCUCCCUGCAGACCUGGGACUGAAGAGGAGCACCCUCCGAGACAGCAGGCCCCCGCUGGACCUUAUGAAGAAGACCAAGGACCUUCAGUCUCCGGUUCUGAAUGGGAACGGACCUCUCCCGUCUCUCACCACAAGCUCCCGGUUGGACAGCAGCGUCAUCUUCGGGGGCUUCCGGUCCCCGGACCAGACCCUGGACAACGGAAAGGCCCAUCGUCCGGUGUUUCGGACCGUCUCGCUGCCGGACACCAGACCCUUCAGUGACCGCGUCAGUGGGUCGACAAAGCUGGGUGAGCUGGGAUCUGGUUCUGACCCAGCAGGGUCCCGUCUGGAGCACCUCUCCUUUCUCUUGAGCUCCUCUUCCUCAGGCUCUCUGACUGGAGCCGAAGAUUCCGGCAGCACUCGAAUGAGUCGCCCCCCCUCGCUGAGCAUUGGCUCUCCUCCCUCCAGCACCAGCCCCCACCGCCUCCUCAGUCCCACCAGCUCCAUCGACCUGCACAGACCUUUCACUGCAGAGCUCCCCAUGUUCGGCCAGGGGCCCGGGGCCCUGCAGAGGAGCCUCAGCUGGGACGAGGCCCCUGUGGGGAUCCAGACUUCACUGUUUGGCAGCAUGCAUGGAGGAAGACCUGCAUUCCAGAACCAGCAACCAGAACCAGUCCAGAAUCUAAUGUACAAAUACAGAGCCUUCCCAGACGCCUAUCUCACCAAAGAGAAGGAACACGGGAAGCUUAACCCUCGACCCGGGAAGUUGUUCAUCUUCGACCAACCGGGCAUGUGCGGGCAGCGCAUCGAGGUACACGGGGAUGUCAUUGACGCCACGUCAUGGGAGCUGCAGGAAACCGCCUCCAUCAGGGUCAUCAGAGGAGGGUGGGUUCUGUAUGAGAAACCGAACUUUAAGGGGAAGAAGGUCGCCCUGGACGAAGGGGACAUCGAGCUCACCUGUCCAUUCGGACCGCCUGAAGAGCAGCUUCAGGAACAGGACCAGACGGGACCAGAGAGAGAAGCGAGGAGGAGGCGACGCCGACCCAGAAAUUCAUCAUUGGAUCUGUUCGCAGAGCAGUCCGGUUUCAAAAAGACGGGAUCCAAGUUUGGAGAAUUCAAGGAAGAGCAAGAAGUUCAAAGUGCUUUUGAAGGGACAGAGGACAGGAGGGAUUACAGCGUUCCAGAGAUCAGUCUUUUCCCAGAGGAGAAUGCAGAGGGAAAGAAGGUGAUCUUCAGGGACACUUCAGAGGACGCCAGGAUCUUUGGACUCCCUGUGAAGGCCAACUCCAUCAUCAUCAACGCCGGCCUAUGGCUCGUCUUUGGGCAGCCUUUUUUCCAGGGCGUCCCGCAGGUCCUGGAGGUGGGGGGGUACUCCAACCCAGCAGCCUGGGGGGUAGAGCAGCCCUACGUGGGGUCGCUGCAUCCACUGAAAGUGGGAGAACCUCGAGUGGAAAACAUGAAUGAGCCGAAGAUUGUGAUCUACGACAAGCCAUACUUCUCCGGUAAAGCCAGGACCAUCACCUCCAACAUGAGGGACUUCAUGACCAGAAUCGACAGGCAGCAGACCACCUUCAUGUACAACGUGGGUUCCCUGAAGGUUCUGGGAGGAAUCUGGGUGGGCUAUGAAAAGGAGGGCUUCAGGGGCCACCAGUACCUGCUGGAGGAGGGGGACUACCAAGACUGGAGGGUGUGGGGGGGCUGCGACGCAGAGCUGCGCUCCAUCAGGAUCAUCCAAGCUGACCUGACGGACCCGCUGAUGGUGAUGUUCGAGCAGCCUGAGGAAGAGGAAGGACUGCUGGAGGAGAACACCUUUGAGGUGACAGAGGCCAUUCCAGACGUGGAGCUGUAUGGGUAUAAAACCUCUACCCGCUCCAUCCAUGUGCUCAGCGGGGCAUGGAUAGCUUACUCUCAUGUGGACUUCUCUGGGAACCAGUACAUCCUGGAGAAAGGUUUCUAUAACACCUGUGCUGACUGGGGCUCUCAGGACACCCGGAUCUGCUCGGCUCAGCCCAUCCUACUGGCUCCAUCAGACACGUUGAGCUCCAGAAACAGGAUCAUCCUUUACUCUGAGCCCAACUUCCAGGGUGAGUGUCACAUCGUCAGCCGGCACCAGGAGGAGCUGUUGGACACGUUCCUGAGCAGGUCGUGUCGCGUGGCAGGAGGAAGCUGGGUGCUCUAUGAAGACAAACACUUCUCUGGGAACUUGUAUGUCUUAUCUGAGGGAGACUACCCCAGUUUAACCAGUAUGGGCUGCUCCCCCAGCUGCAGCAUCCGCUCCAUCCGGCUGGUUUCAGUGAUGUUCUCGGUUCCUUCCAUCUCUCUGUUCAGCUUGGAAGGUCUGGAGGGCAGGGAGAUCACCACCAACUCCGAGGUCCUCAAUCUGGUCCAGGACGGUUUCAACAACCAUGUCCUGUCUGUCCGGGUCAACAGCGGCUGUUGGGUGUUGUGUGAACACAGUAACUACAGGGGACGCCAAUUCCUACUGGAACCCAUUGAAAUUACCAACUGGCCCAAGUUCAGCUCUCUGCAUGUGAUUGGCUCCAUGUACCCCAUCAGACAGAAGCGACAUUUUUUCCGUGUGAGGAACAAGGAAAGCGGUCACUUCCUGUCUGUCCAGGGCGGGGUGGAGGAGAUGAAGUCGGGUCGGGUGGUGGCGGCGCCAGAGGUUGAGCCUCAGAGUGAUAUCUGGUUCUACCAGGAUGGACUCAUUAAAAACAAGAUUUCUCCCACCAUGAGUCUUCAGGUGAUGGGUGACGUGGAGCCAGGAGCGAAGGUGGUGUUGUGGACUGAGACCCGGCAGCCGAUCCAAACGUGGACUGCCCAGAUGAAAGGUCUAAUCAGCAGCCAGACGUUCCCUGGAAUGGUGCUGGAUGUUAAAGGUGGGAAGACUUAUGACAAGGACCACGUGGUGGUGAUGCCAGAGAACGACGAGAGGCCGAGCCAGCAGUGGCAGAUGGAGCUGCUGUAGGUGGAACUGAGCAUGCUCUGCACUGCAGGAAGAUCAGCAAUCGAAACACAGUGCUCAGAGCUGAACCUGCUUCACGGAGCAGCCGUCUGUCUUUCUGAGCUAAAGCUAACUUUCUUCUCCAGCUGUUUUAAUAAAAUACACCAGCUUUCAUCAUUUUUAGCUUCUGCAGCAAACAGCAGCUCUGUGGGAUUUCUGGCUCUAACUGUGGGUUAAUAAAGCCAAAGGAAUAUGGUGAUGAGUACCUGUUAUGCUUUUCAUAUUUCCAUGUGUGCAUCACUGUCUGUGUCGUGGGAACGCCACUGUCAUGGUGCACGCUGGCCAAUUUCCUCCUUGUUGACAUAUUUUUAUGGAAAUCUGGGCCAGUUGGAUGUUAAAUGUUCUGUUUGUAUGAGAGGGAAGGGUUUAAAAUGAAUAACAAUAAAGAUAACAGU